AUGUAUGGUGUUUUUGACGAAACAGGCCUUCUACAGUACGGACAAGUGUUCAUUCAAUAUUCUACAUCGGUCAAAAAACCGGACGGGAAGCUGAGGAUAUACACGGGCCCGGUCAUGAUCACCAAAAAUCCAUGUCAUGUAGCCGGUGAUGUCAGGAUGUUUGCAUCAGUAUAUCAGCCCGCAUUAGCUCAUUUGUUUGACGUUGUUGUCUUCCCAAAACACGGUCCCCGCCCUCACCCUGACGAGAUGGCUGGGAGUGAUUUGGAUGGUGAUGAAUACUCUGUCAUAUUCGAUCCAGAUAUUUAUUUUGAUCACAACGAAGAAGCAAUGACAUUUCCGCGAAGCUCCCCAGAUGACUUUGAUACUGUUCCAACGACAGAAGAUAUGGUGGAUUUCUUCCUGAAAUAUCUUCGUCAAGACUCCAUUGGCCGAAUGAGCAAUGCUCAUCUUAUUUUGGCAGAUCGCAAGGGUUUGUUCGAGCCUCCACUUGGUAACAGAAUUUACAUCUUUUGA